AUGACCCAGGCCUUUCUACAGUCUGAAUUGACUAGCCUCAUAUCAGAUUCCAAGCGACGGCAUCAUGAGGUCCGCACCGCAGCUGAACGGUCGCUCGCCGACCUCAAGGCAAUCACCGUGACGUCCGAAGCACAAUUGGCCGGCGAUCUUCUCAGACGGCCUCAGUUCAUUGAUCCCUUUGUCCUAGCCUGCAAAUCCAAAAAUGUCAAAUUGGCAAGCAUCGGUACCAUAUGUUUACAACGCUUGACCGCGAGCACGGCCGUUGCCCGCGCCAGACUUCCUGACGUGCUCGAUGCCUUCCGCGAGGGAGUGGCCUCAGGAUAUGAACCACAAUUGAAGAUACUCCAAACCUUGCCGUCGCUACUUCAAUUCUAUGCCAGUGAUCUGCACGGCGAACUCCUUGCAAGGACGCUAGAGAUCUGCGCCGUGCUUCAAUCAAGUAAGACUGCCAUAGUGAGUAACACAGCUGCGGCAACCUUCAACCAGCUGGUCUCUACUGUCUUUGAGCAGGCAGAUAAGACUGAGGAGCCUCGCACUUCGACCGAUGACGAGACAAAGGCGCCCGAGGAACGGGAGACGUCGGUGGGGACUCCGACGAACGACGCGAACCGACUCUUCCAUGAUUUUUGCAUGCUUUUAGAUCAGCAACGCCCGGAAUUUCUGAGGAUAGAAAGCCUUCCACCUGGUUUCCUCCUCGAGACUGUGCAGCUGCUGUUGCCCACGCACAGGUCAUUCUUAACGUGGCAUGCCCAGCAGUACCCGGAUUGUUGGGAGCAUCUGGUGAGCGGAUUGUCACGCAUUCUGGCCAAGAAAGACGCCUUUGGUAUCGUGGUGCGUGCCUGGUCCAUACUGGUUCUGCUUGUGCAGGGAUAUCCAGAAGUAUUGAGAGAUCUGCUCUCCCAAACGAUUCCAUUGAUAUUGUCCGCGCUGGAAAAGGAGGGAAAUCCGACAUGGAGGCGAGCACUGUGCCUGGAAUUCUUCCAGAAGAUAUGUUCCAACUUUACGGUUCUGAGGAACGUCUUCGAGUUAUUUGACACCCCUAGAGAGUCGGGGAAACUGGUCGGGCAGAUGAUGUCGGCAUUCGUCCGUAUCGCAGCAGAGGAUCCAUCCCUAAUCGGCCUUGGACGCCAAUCUACGAUUCCCGUGCAAAGAGCCAACGAGAUCAAAAGUGAGGAUGUAGCAUCCAUUGAAGCUCAGGGUCUUGGUGGUGCGAUAACAUCAGUGUCUGUCGGAGAAACGAGCACGAUCGGCAUCAGCAUGGAGUGGAGUGUUGUGGACGCCCCCUUGAUCGAGCAACCCGACAGACAUGCCGCUCCGACAGUACCCAGCACUUACAUCUACGCUUUGGUGCUGGACUGCAUCUCAUCUUUCUGCGAUGGCCUCUCCAAGUUUGUCAUGCCACUGAGUGUUCCGAGUCGGCCGACACAGCGACGAUCGCAAGACUCCGCCCAACGAGACAGCUCCGCAACAGAUCCGGCGGACGAUGAUACGACUCGGAGGCCUAAUCGGUCAUCUACUUCCGGUCAAAAGUAUCAACGUCUCUUCAACCCCUUGACCAUGAUCAACCAUCCUCAGUUACCUCAAGUUCGGAUUUGCGCCGCCAUGAUCGAUGCUUGCUGGCCGGCUGCUCUUGCAACCUGCUCCACCUUUCUAAAUGCGGCCCUGGACACUGAAUUUUAUCAUCUUCUCGUCCGAUCCGUUCAGAAGUUGGCUCAAGUGUCUGGAGUACUGGAGCUCUCCACCCCCAGAGACGCCUUGCUCACUACUUUAGCAAAAGCCUCCCUUCCCGCCAAUGCAAGCAGCGUGAUAUCAGCCCAUCAGAACUCCACUGCCACUCGAGCCAUGGACCAAGAAGCUGACAGUGCGAACGAAGGCAUGAGAUCUCCUAGCGAACCACCCCAGACUCCAACUUUCCAACCCGUUUCUUCACCUCUGAACGUGCGACACCUCCUUUGCCUUCGAGCGUUACUAAACCUGGGCAUUGCACUUGGGCCUACCAUGGAGCAGGACUCUUGGUUCAUUCUCAUUGAAACAAUGCAGACGGUAGAAGCUCUGAUCUCUUUGCCCACUACGUUGGCAGCGAGUUCUCAAUCCAGCAAUACUCGAGCUGGGCUGUCCGGCAAGGAUGGUCAGACUACACUUGCCAACGAGAUAUUUGCGGUGCAAGCGGCGACGAAAAGGAUGCUGGAGAGUACACGAGGCUACACUGGAGAAUCUUUUGCUGUGGCCGUGAGGGCGUUGUUUCGCCUCCUCGGCCAAGUGGCUUCAGGCGAUAGCGAAAUGCCAUUGGAGGGGACACUUUCUUCCACUCUAUCUCCCUCAAGACCCGGGCUUGGAAGACAUCACACCUCCCGCAGCGUAUCGGGAUUGUGGACCAAGUCAAAAACGUUAGAUCUCGAGAUUGGUUUCGUUCUUGGCAAAAUCAGCGAGCUUUCUCGUGUCAACAUCCACCGCUUUGCAUCCACGUCAGAAAUCUCCUGCUCGUGGGACCUCAUCGGGAGGCGACUGCUGGAAAUUUCGCGCGACAGUGACAUUGUUGGCAGCCAUCGGGUGCACGCGGCCAGCGUACUCGAUCUCAUAUCUAUGGAAGCGGUCAAACUCCUCGACGAACCCAAUUUUGAAGCCGAGGAUGCGGACAAAAUCCGGUCUCGCUGCCUCCAGUCUUUACUCGAUCAACUGGAGCUCUUGUAUGUAGCCCAAAGUGGCAAGCAUGGAAGCAUAGAGUUGGAGAUUCACAAGAGAGCUCUCGAGGCCUUGGAAAGCAUGUUGAGUUACAGUGGGGAAACCCUGGGCAAUGGCUGGCCGAUGGUAUUCAAGAUUUUGUCCAUGACUUUCUUGAACAUGGACGAACGUGAAACGGAUAGCGAUGCUCCAACCCGUCAAGCAGAAAACCUCGAGGAAAAUGCACAAAUCUUAAGGGUUGCUUUUCGGUCGGUACAACUGAUCAUCUCCGACUUUUUGAGCGUCCUCAGCCCCAGGUCACUCAUAAGUCUGGCCGACCUACUUCGAGAAUUCGGCUCCCAGCCUUACGAUCUAAACGUGGCUCUCACAAGUACGACUCUCUUAUGGAGCCUGGCCUCACAGGUCCUAACCACCAUUGAAAGAAUCGACCUGACAGUUGCUCCUUCUCUGGAUAUGGUGUCACAAAGCUUGGAUUCAAGCGGUGGGCCGCCGGCACCCUCUGUCCUCUGGAGUGUCAUAUUGGUCCAGCUGGUUCAGUUGUGCAAAGAUGGCCGCCCUGAUAUCCGAAAUGCAGCCAUCAAAAUUCUCCUCAAAAUGCUUGAGGCGUCAGGUGAAAGUCUCAGCUCCAAAGCAUGGUCGAUGACUCUCGUUGCGGGACCAUUUAAUGUCAUACAAGCUUGCGUUGAGGACUUUAAUUCCAGUGGCGAUGCACAGUCAGAAUGGCUGGCGUCUGCUACACAGUUGACUGAUGGUGUCAUCCAGCUUGUCACCCAGAAUUUAGACGUGAUUGCUGAGCACGAUGACUUCAAGAACACGUGGCGCUUUAUCAUGGAGGUCUUCAAGGGGCUCCUUGACACUCUGUCUCUCAAUGCGUCGUCCCUGGUCUUUACCAAUUUGUCGACGCUCCUAUCGUCGCUGGCAGCUGUGGGCAAGGGUAAUUCAGACUUCAUUCUACCUGCAAUGCACCUUUGGGCAACAUAUCACCCGGCCGAAAGCAAGCGGAGUUCCAACUCUGGCGCAAUUGCAGCGGAGGAGGGUCCAAAUCAAUCUGCCUUUACCGCAUACUUACAUACUCUAUCUGAGGCACAUAAGGCAAAUUCUGCAGCAGUGAUGGGUUAUCAACUCAAUGGCCGUGGAAUGGCGUCUAUUUUGAUGGACUCGACCGAGCGCGCGGUCAUCUUUAGUACCCACCCUCCUUACACUAGUGAUGUGAAAGGCCUCUCGCCGGAGCAGAAGGAGGCGCUUGAGUGUCUGUCGAUAUUGAAAGCUCUACUAUCUGGCAGAGUGGCAGACUAUGCGCGAUAUCAUAUUCAACUGCUGGAACUCACUUUGGGUAUCCAGGACGGAUACGUCAGUUACCAGCCAAAGAAGUCCGCCAUGAGCAAAUCCGUCCAGAGACCUACCUUCAUUGCAUUCGCAUCAGCGUGUCUAGACGGCUUGCGAGCCCUGGUCCUGGAGCAUGCAAACAGUGAAAUUUUCAUACAAGUUCUGGCAGUGGAACAAUCCCUCCAUGUCCUCAGCGCCAUCAUCAAUACCAAGUAUACCGGGAUCCCCGCCAACCAGCAGACGCCACUCUGGCGAAAUGCAACUGUCACAGCGGUGGUCAUGCUGGAAGCGUUGCGGACCCAUAUCGACGUGCACGGCACGACGCGAGAUCUUCCCCAUCUCCAUUCCUUAGGGAAAUAUGUCAUUCUCACCGUUUCCAGUAUUCUCGCGUGUGGUGGCCUAUCGAAUCCGCCAACCAAGCAACCCGAGGAGACCCUCCCGGGAGAUGAGACCUUUGACAUUGAACACUUCCAACUGGCGCACAAUGCGGUGGUUCCGAUCUUUCAAACCGAGGAGAUAAAUAGGGACAGUUGCAAGCAAUACGCAAUUACUUUGUUCAAUGCAUCACUGCUUACGGCACCCUGGUUUGGCGACGUUCCCGACGACCUUGCUCACGACCCGUUGAAAGCACUGACGGAAGUGAGGCCUGGCAGCGUCCGUCAGCCUAUAUUUGUUGUCAGAAGACGAGUAUGCUACACGGCACUGGAUGCAUUGUUCGACCUUGUGCGGCUGCCGCAGCUGGCAGGCAAGAACGACGAAGCUGCGAGGGUGGGUGGGCACAAACUGGCAUAUGCUGCUUGCCCCUACCUGAGUCUGCGGGUGGUACAUCCUCUGAAGGUCUUCCUUGCCGAUCAGCGACUACGUGGGCUGACUCCGCCACCAAUGCCGCAACAGGUCGAGCUACAAACCGUGCUCUCCAAAUUCGUGGACCUGCGUAGCGAUGGGGAGGCAUUUGAAAGUCUAGUCUCCUCGGUGCGACGCAGCGGCCAGGGGAAGAAUGGAAACAGCCGCAGCGCUCCCGUCUUUCUCAGAGACGGGAAAGAACACCUUCGCAUCCUCUAUCCGUUCAUCCUUCGCGUGCAGAAGUUUUGGCGUGAUUUGCCUAGAUUAAAAGGAGGGCAUGCCUGGCAAGCCGAUGAGCCUGGGAGAGGCAUUGAAGAUGCAUUGGAACGGUGGAAUACGGUCCUCGGAGAAGGCUGGGGAUUUGAAUAUCUCUGA